GAUCUAGCUUUAAAAUGUUCCGACAUCUUCCCUCCUCCCCACUCUCUCCCUCGUCUACUCUGCAGAGAGAAAGAGAGAGCCCCCGUUGUUCUUUCAAAGCUCGGGGAUCUCAAACCACUCGAUCGGAGAAGCAAAGUAGCGGGAGAAGAAGAUCGGAGGAAAUGAGUAAGUCCGGUGGCCGUGAUUGGAUGCAGAUCUACUCGAUCUACGGCACCGACGAGUGGCAGACGAUUGGAUUCCUGUUCUUUCACGCCUUCGUCUUCAUCAUCUCCUCCCUUCUCCUCCUCCUCUACUUCUCCCCUUUUCUCUCCUUCCUUCACUCUCUCCUCCCCUCCCUCCCAACCCCCUUCCUCCGCUUCGCCGCCGGAUUCUCUGGAUCCGUCCUGGCCCUCUCCGCCCUCUGCCUCCUCUUCGCCGCCGCGAACAUUAUGUACUCCUCCGUCCCCCUUCGCUGGAUCAUGGCCCAGCGCAUGAUCUCCACCGUCCCUGACUGGUCCGCCGUCCGUACAGCGCUCGAUGUCGGCUGCGGCCGAGGCAUACUCCUCAACGCCGUUGCUCUGCAGCUCAAGAAGCAGGGAAGCUCCGGUCGGGUUGUUGGCCUCGAUUGCCGCCGCGAGAUCGCCGUCGCCGCACUUCGUCGCGCCGGCGCCGAGGGAGUUCAGGAGUACGUUACUUGCCGCGAGGGCGAUGCCCGUCGUCUUCCCUUCCCCGAUGGAUACUUUGAUGUUGUAGUCUCCUCGAUUCAUCUCAGCGGAAUCGGACGCCGGCCGGGGGAUUCCCCUGCGGCGGCUGCGGCAGAGAGGGGGAGGGGAUUGGGGGAGAUGAUUAGGGUUUUGAAGCCCGGUGGGGUGGGUGUAGUGUGGGAUUUGAUAUUCGUUCCGGAGUUCACUCAGAGGUUGAAGGAGAUGAUGAUGGAAGAGGUUAGGGUUUCGGAGAGGGUCACGGCGUAUAUGGUGAACAGUCAUAUGGUUUCAUUUCGGAAACCAAUGGAUGAAUUCCUGAACGGGGCGGCGCCGCCUCUAGACUGGAGGGCUAACAUCUGCUAAAAGUUUUCCAGCGGACAAUCAACGGUGAUCGGUACUCUCUCUCUUUCUCAAUUUCUCCUUUCAGUCAUCACCUACUAUCCUAUCUCGCCUACUACAACUGUGAAUUAUCUUACUAAGUAGUGCUGGGUUAGGCUUAAUAGAUCUAUAAUCUAUAUUAAGAAGAGAAUUAUAUCGCCUCAAAUCAAUGGAGGAAUGUAAUUCAUGAUAUGUUACUAUGUUAGUAUGAGCUUGAAUUUGUAUUUUAAUCUAUUAUUAUAUUAUAUUAUGCAAUUGUUACAAUACAGAUUUAGCAUAUAAA